AGCAGUACCGCUGGGAAGAGUGAGAGAGGGAGGAACAGCACAGCAUCCAUAGGCUGGGAGUGGGAAGGGGGGGAAGGAGAGAGAUCGCCCUUUACUAAGGAACAGUGUGAUUUUUCUCAUCUCCCUCUCGAAUUCUAAAACUUGAAACACCAGGAGCGUUGUGGAUUUAUGCUUUUACAGAUCACUCUGCUCUGGACAUUGAAUUAAAAGCAGCUGUGAAGCUCUAGGGGGGAUGAUCUACACAGAGUUCAUAAAUAAGACACUGAACAGGACAUGAAUGGGAUGGCGUCAGAUGACAACACUUCCUCCCAGGAAGAGUUCCUCCCACACUAUCUCCAGAAGGAAGAUCCCUUUGCAUCGAAGCUUUCUAGAGAAGCUGACAUUGUAGCUGGGAUUUAUUUGACAAUAAUUGGGAUUCUUUCAACUCUGGGAAAUGGGUAUGUUAUAUUUAUGUCCUCAAAGCGAAAAAAGAAAUUGAGACCUGCUGAGAUAAUGACUGUUAAUCUAGCAGUGUGUGAUCUGGGCAUUUCAGUUGUAGGAAAACCCUUUAGUAUCAUUUCCUUCUUUUCUCACCGCUGGGUGUUUGGAUGGAUGGGAUGUCGCUGGUAUGGAUGGGCUGGUUUCUUCUUCGGCUGUGGGAGCCUUAUUACUAUGACAGCUGUCAGCCUGGAUAGAUAUCUAAAAAUUUGUCACUUGUCUUAUGGUACCUGGCUUAAGAGACAUCAUGCAUUUAUCUGUCUGGCAAUGAUCUGGGCUUAUGCUACUUUCUGGGCUACGGUGCCUUUUGCUGGUGUGGGGAGCUAUGCCCCCGAGCCCUUUGGGACCUCCUGCACCCUGGACUGGUGGCUGGCACAGGCGUCGGUGGCGGGACAGGCUUUUAUUCUGAGUAUUCUUUUCUUUUGCCUCCUGUUCCCAACAGCAGUGAUUGUGUUUUCCUAUGUCAAAAUCAUUCUAAAAGUCAAGUCAUCCACCAAAGAGGUUGCUCACUAUGAUACCAGGAUUCAGAACAGCAACAUACUUGAAAUGAAGCUGACCAAGGUGGCAAUGUUGAUCUGCGCAGGGUUCCUCAUUGCCUGGAUCCCUUACGCUGUUGUCUCUGUCUGGUCAGCCUUUGGACAGCCGGACUCAGUCCCCAUUCACUUUUCAGUGGUGCCAACUUUGCUUGCAAAGUCAGCAGCCAUGUACAACCCAAUUAUUUACCAGGUUAUUGAUUGUAAGUUUGCCUGUUGCCGGCCAGGUGGAUUGAAGUCACUGCAGAAGAAGAACUCUUUGAAGAAGUCAAGGAUGUAUACCAUACCUGCACACAGAGACUCGAUGGCGAUGAACGAAACCCAACUGGAAGUAUGAAGGCUAAUUUCAUAGACAGCAAAUGAAAACCUGAUGACAAGCAAUCACACUGUCUCGAGUUCCUCUUUCUGUAAAUAAAUUGAAGCAUGAUGACAGCUUUCUUUUAUUCCCUAGUCCUAUGUAAAAUGUAGCUUUUUCCAUCCUGACUAAAAUAUUGUGAUUGGAGCCGGUAAAAUAUUUUAAGCACUCAGAGGAAGAAGAAACAGAAUAUUCAUAUGUAUAUGUAUACAUUUUAUUCUAUUUUUUUUUAAUUUUUAUUUUAGCCAUACAGAACUGAUAGUUUGGAUGAUAUUUUGCCUCAUGGAAAGGGAAGUAUUCACAAAGGCCAGUUUUAGCUUGCGAAAGCUAACCUCCCUAGAUUCCCACUGCUGUCACCGGAGCAUGAGAGUAAGGAUUCCUUAGAGGACAAAUCAGAGUUGGAGCUCCACUUAUGAGGGCUCUGAAUCACCCACUGGAGAAACAUUAACCCUCUGACUAUUCCUUGUGAAUAUCUCUCCAACUCAUGUGGCUGCAACCUGCCUUAAAACCACUUUGAUUUCAGUCCUUCAAUAUUCAGAAAUAUUUGCUGCUAGUCAAGGCAAGGUCAGAAGUGUCACACUCAUACACCACAGAUGGUCAGUAUAAUAUUUGUGAAUGAGAAGGGAAAGGUCUCUUGCUCAAGUGUCAGUGUCAUUUAAAAAAUUUGGAACCAUGAAUGACUUUGUAACAAAAAAGUAGAAUGUAAAUGAAGUCAGCCCUAUACAAGCCAAACUGAGGAAACUAACAGUUUGCACAUCUUUUCACCAUUCUCUGCCAAAUUUACAAAUAAAUUUGACAGCAAUAAGCAGACAGGUUAGACUUAUUGAACAGUAACUGACUUUUUUCGUCUUUUAUUUUUCAUCAUUCUUCAUGAGAUCACUGUUUAAUAUAAAAUGACAAAUCCUUCCUCAAUCCUCAGCGUGAAACCAGAAACAAAACUAGUGAAUUAAUGAGAACUUUACAGCACAGGUAACAGACAAGUCUUUCUCCAGUGCAGUUGUAUCUAAUUUUUAAAUAUUAAACCCUCGAAGGAUGAGGAUUAGGAAAGAUUUGGGAGAAAGACAGGCUUACUAAACCAAAGCUUGUAACUUCCUAACGCACUUAACAGAAAAACAUGGUGCCUUGAAAAGACAUGCAGAGUAAGGCAGUCUAAAAAGUUGCAUUGUAUCUGAACCAUAAUUAUUUCCAUUCUCUUAGUUUACCUUAAGAUAGAGGCAUCACUGCCCACCAGAAAUUAGCAGUCCGGUAUAAACAGAUUUGUAAUGCUUAAAAUAAUGAUUUGGUGUUUGUAUGUAAUUUCUUUGGGAAGAAUACAAUACUAUAAAAAAUAAGUUAAUUGCAAAUCAAAGAAUCUCCCACACAGAUUUAUGUUGACUGUUCAUUAGAAUAAAAGAAAAUUACAAGCGUGAAAGCUUUAUUCUGAAUUGUUCCUUUAAGGAAAGAAAGCAUUUAUGAAAGAGUUUCAUUUGUUUUCCUGUUAAACAUUUAAUGGUCCUUUUUAUCAUAUUGCUAUUUCACAAUUGUGUUUAACAUGUAUUCCCUGCAAUAUUGAACUGAACUUCUUUUUUAGCUAAUCUGUAGUGAUGUUAAUAUUGUUUCAUAUAAUAAUAUCAUAAAGGUUUAAAGUAAUCUGAUGUUUCUUGGCAUGUCCCAGCACUCCAAUUCUGCAGUGCAAAUGGUUGCUGUUUUCUCAAAUGAUAUUCAGACAAUGUGACAAAAGCUGAAUUUUGUCGAAUUUCCAUAUUCGAGUAGAAGAAAGUACUUCUUCCUCCUCUGUAAUAUAUUUUGCAAAAUAAGUUUGAAUAAAUACUAGGAGAACUCACAGAGGUAAAAGGAGUUCUCACGUUACCUAUACAA